UUUGACCUGGUUAACAGAGAAGGCUAUAUAUUUAUCAUGCAACUCCUUCACAUGCAUAUCCUUUUUCCUCUUCACAAAAAAAAAAAAAAAAUGUUCAUCUUUGAAGGAAAGUUGCUGUUAUUGUUGACAUCUUUUAUUUUCAUAUCUUUAAUCAAUACAACCACUACCUUUGCUCAACCAGAUUUCCUUUACAGCUUCUGCCAAAAUGCAGAAAACUAUACCGCCAACAGCACGUAUCAGAAAAAUCUCAACACCGCUCUCUCCACCCUCCCCACCACCAACAAUGGCUUUGGUUUCUACAACUUCUCCACCAGCCAAGGCAAUGAUACGGUCUACUCGGUCUCCCUUUGUCGAGGCGACAUCAACCUCGACGUGUGUCAGAGUUGUCUUAAUGACUCCAUUGUUAAACUGCGCCAAGUCUGCCCAAAUCAAAAGGAAGCAUUUGCAUACUACGACUACUGUAUGCUGAAAUACUCCAACCAGAUUAUUCUGGGAACCACUGGAACAAGGUUCUAUACUCGGGGUAACCCGCGAAACAUAACCGAUAUUGAUGGGUUCAAUGGUGCUUUGGCACCACUAUUGAGAAAGCUGAGAGUUGAGGCGGCUGCAGGUGGUCCACUAAAGAAAUUUGCAUCCGACAACACCAGUGGUCCCGGUUUUUCAACGAUCUAUGGGCUUGUGCAGUGUACUCCAGACCUAUCCGAGCAACAAUGUAGUAAUUGUUUGGAAAGUAUAAUUAAUAGAAUUGUAGAGUAUCUUGAUGGGAAACAAGGAGGAAGAAUUCUUCUACCUGGGUGUAAUUUUAGGUAUGAGAUAUAUCGGUUUGUUAACCAGAGUGCUCGGGUCAGCCCACCACCACCAGUCUCACAGCCAAUCCCACCACCAUCUUCGCCAAUUCAACCACCAGGCAAAAAAAAUAACACCACAAGAACUAUGAUAAUCAUAACUAGUGUUGUGAUAGUCAUUCUCAUUAUAAUAAUCACUUCACUUUGUAUCAUUACGAGAUUCAGAAAGAAAAGAAAGCAAAUCACACCUCCAACGGCUUCUGAAAGUAUUCAGAUUGGCACAGUGGAAUCUUUACAGUACAAAUUUGGUGUAAUAAAAGCAGCAACAAAUAACUUCUCUGAUGAUAAUAAGCUUGGACGAGGUGGGUUUGGAACCGUUUACAAGGGUACGCUUGAAGGAGGCAACCAGAUAGCAGUAAAGAGGCUAGCAUUGGAUUCUGGACAAGGUGACCUAGAAUUCAAGAAUGAGGUUUUGCUAGUUGCAAGACUUCAACAUCGUAAUUUAGUUCGACUGCUAGGUUUCAGCAUAGAAGGAAGUGAACGACUUCUAAUUUAUGAGUUCAUGUCGAAUGGAAGUCUUGAUCAAUUAAUAUUUGAUCGAACUGAACGUACAAGUCUUGAUUGGGAAAGACGAUAUAAUAUCAUCAAAGGCAUUGCAAAGGGACUUUUGUACCUGCAUGAAGAUUCGCGCCUUAGGAUAAUUCAUCGUGAUAUGAAGGCAAGUAAUGUUUUGUUAGAUUUACAAAUGACCCCUAAAAUUGCUGAUUUUGGUAUGGCAAGGUUGUUUAAAUAUGAAGAAACCCAAGGAGACACAAGCCGAAUUGCUGGAACCUUCGGUUAUAUGGCACCUGAAUACGCGAUGCAUGGUCAAUUUUCAGUAAAAUCAGAUGUCUUUAGCUAUGGAGUGCUAUUACUGGAGAUGGUAACAGGUCAAAAGAUACAUGGUUUUCAAAACAGAAAUGGCGUAGAAGAUCUUGUUAGCUUUGCAUGGAAAAAAUGGAGGAAUGGGACAGCAAUAGAUAUAAUAGAUCCCACAUUGAAGAGAGGAACGUGUUCAUUGCGCGACGUUAUUAGAAGUAUUCACAUUGGAUUGUUAUGUGUUCAAGAAAAUGUUAAUGAUCGACCAACUAUUGCCUCAAUUGUUCUAAUGCUUAAUACCUUCUCAAUCACACUUCCCGUACCAUCAGAACCACCAUUUUUCAUGCGUAGUAACAUUGAUCCUGAAAUGCCACCCCUGCAAGAGUACAAUUCUAGAUCAAGAUCAUCUCAAAUUUCAGUAAAUCAAGUUUCAAUGUCCGAUUUUCUUCCUAGAUAA